UUUCGCAAUAAUAAUAUAAAAAAUUCAAGAUUAAUUGAAACCUUUACUACAAUAGACUCAUAGGUAGAUAGAGAGUUCAUAGAUUUAAUUUAUUUUCAAUUCUAGUUCCAAAGUUUUGAAAUAACUACUUUCGAUACGAAAAUUAUUUUAUAUAGAUUUCGACAAAGAAUAGUGACAAAAUAACAGAUAUGAUUGAAACAUGUUCCAAGAGAUGUAUGUUGUUUGGCACAGUUUCUUUAGGGAUCCUUACAAUUGUAGUUCUUAUAUUAGAAUCACAUCUUGCGGACACUUUAACUGGUAGUCAACGAAGAAAUAAAACAUUUCCAACAGAAAAUAAUUCAACAUGUUGGUUGUCACAACCUUAUACAGUAAUCAGUGAAUGUCAUCCCUGUUCUGAUUUUGAAAUACGAAGCAAGAGCAUAGGGGUGUGUAUACACACUAGCUUUAAAGAAAUAUUAAGAUGUGAAAAUGGUGAAACAGUUACCAAAAGCUGUGACCGUGUUGCACAUUUAGAAGAGAGAAAGUUCUGGAAGUUUACUAUCUGGUCAUUCUUCUUGGGGUCUGUGUCCUCUUUGGCUGUGAUGCUAAGAAUGCGUGUUCUCAACCAUAGGGCAAAAAGACGGGCCAGACAAGUUCUUGCUAAUGGAACAAUUUAAUUACAUUUAUUUUAACUGACACAUGAGCAUAAAGCAUGAGAGGCAAAAUGAGACCUCAGAGUGCGGUUUCUGUAUUAGGAGACGUAAUAUUUGUUUUUCUGUUGUCCAUGUUUAUUUAGCACUACUUUUUCCAACUGAUUUUUAUUAAUAAAUAUGUCAAAUAUAAAAAAUUACUAAAUAAUCAGCUUUGAAAGCAUAUAGCUAUAUAAAUAAAACUUUCAAUAGUUCA